AUGUCAACGACUAUUUCAAUUCCUGCAAAAUGUGGGAAUUCGAGUCACGUGGAUCACAACUUCUCGAAUAUUUGGAUACAUUCAACUGUAGUAUUCGAGUUUCCUAUCUCAAUACUCGCCAUUUAUUGCAUUCUCAGAAUUACACCAAAGAAUUCGGUGAUGGUUAGAGUAUUGUUGCUUCUACAUCAAGUCUGGGUGAACUACUACAGUUCCAUGAUCAACAUUGCCCUCUCUCCGGUCUUCUUCUUCCCAAAUAUCGUCAUGUAUACUCGUGGACUUUUUGACUUUAUUGAUAUUCCCAUCCGUUUUCAAGCCUACUCUAUUACCAUAGCGUUUGCUGGAAUGCUGUAUUCGAUAUUAUGUCUCUUUGUAUAUCGUCAUCAAUGCGUUCUCCCGGAUUCACAUAAACUGAAAAUGACUACAAAAACCUUCGUGAUGUUCACAUCAUUUCUGAAUCUUCUUGCAUUAGUUUACAUGGUCCCAUUUCUCUUAUGGGGACCUGAUCAAAGUGUAUCUAUCGAGAACUUGAGAAAGAGUUUUAUUGAACCUCCGUGUGAUCUUUGGGAACCUCAUAUCUAUGUUUUCCUUGAUGGUUCGGAUAAUCGUCUCCUAUAUUGUUAUUCUGUUGCUCUUUUUAUCACAACAUUAGGUGAAAUUCUUGUUUGUUCUUUGUCAGUUCAUGGAAUUUUAUCCACAUUGACGUUGAUUCUCAGUCAUAAACCAUAUCGAAGCGAAGCGACGAGAGUGAUGAGAAAGCUGACAUGCAGUAAGGGGAUUGAUUGGAAAGAGAAUUAUUCGGUGCUCUAA